UUCAUUGCCUUUUCAUAUUUCUUAUUAUUCUCGCUCUUCUUUUUCACCCCCCACCCCUCUUGGUGUUCUUUUAUUUGUGUGUUAAUUGGUGAGUGGAAUGCUUCUUCACAGGUGCUUAGAAUGAACGGUGUUCACCACAACAACAAAAAUCAUGAUUUCGCGGAAAUGUAUCCAGGGUGCUCGGGAAGGGUUACGAACCUCUUAGAGUUGAACAUGGGUGUGCCAGCUAACAAAAUGCUCAAUUGUAAACCGCGCCAGGGAGGUGCGCAUCUCACGAGGAGCAGAUCAGAUGUAACAAGUAUGCGCCCGGCUGUUGAUUCAGUCGGAGAAGAGAUUGUAUUGGAUUUCAAUAGCAGCUUUUCCAACAGAACAUCUAAUAAAACACCAAUGAAAAUGCUCAUUGCCCAAGAGAUGUCUGCAGAAUUUGAUUCCAGUCGCUAUCCUCCUAAUUUAGUUGCAAAAUUAAUGGGCAUUGACGCCCUUCCCCAAAGGGAACCCGGCCCAACCGCACAGAGAAGCCACUCUAGAGUUCAUCCUCAGAAUACUUCUGCGGGUUCCCCUAUGAAUUAUUCAGAGCCACAUAAUGGCUACUUUCACUACAUAGAUCCAAACCAGCACAAAGAUGUUAAUAUAAAAUGGCAGCAAUCACAUAAAUAUGAAGAGAACAUAAAUGACAUGAAGAUGAAUCUUGUCCGCCAGAAGUUCAUCGAGGCCAAACGCCUGUCCAUGGAUGAAAAGCUCCACCAGUCUAAGCAAUUCCAGGAUGCACUGGACGUACUAAGCUCCAACCGUGACUUAUUCCUCAAAUGUCUGCAAGAACCAAACCAGAUGUCGUCCCAGUACCUUCACGGUCCUCCGGAGACGAGGCGGAUUACCGUUCUCAGGCCUUCCAAUGUACCAAACAGCAAUAAUUUCCCCACAGCCAAGUACGGAGAUGAGAAGCAAAUUCAAAAGGGCACCUUUGUCCAGCCGAGUAAUUUGGAGAAAACCCAUCCUGGAAAUUCCACCCAACCGACACGAAUAGUGGUUUUGAAGCCAAGCCCCGGUAAACUACACAAUGUGGAGGCUGUGGGCCCCCUGCAGUCACAUCUACCCAAAAUACUACUCAGUGAGGAAUUUUUUGGGGAUACGGAAGAUGGCAAGUGCCGAGAAUCUAGAAAAGUGGCAAAAUCAAUCACGCGACAUAUGCGCGAAAGACUCGGGGACCACCGCCAUGGAGAAACCUUGGUUUCCUCAGUGUUCUCCUUUAAUGGCUAUGAUGGGGACGAAAGCUUGUUCGAUAAAUCACAAAUUGAGUGCGAAGACGGUGAUCCCAGUGAUUUAGAAGCCACGUCUUCUGCUUCUAGGCGUUCCUGGGAUUAUGCCGAUAGGCUCGGGAGUCUGUACUCAUCUCCUGUGUUUACAAGGGCGUCUUACUCUCCAGAGUCUUCAGUUUGUAGAGAAGCCAAGAAACGUCUGUCUGAAAGAUGGGCAAUGUUGGCCUCCGAUGGGAGCUGCCCAGAACAAAGGCGAUUCCGGAGAAGCUCAAGCACAUUGGGCGAGAUGCUUGCCCUGUUCGAGACAGAGAAGGAAGGUCCUCAAAGAGACGACGAAAGUUGUUUCGAACUCUUUGUGGAUGAGAGGAAAAGAGAAGUUAAUGUGGAUUGCUCACCUAGGAAUUUAAUGAGGUCGAAAUCUGUUCCAGUGUCAUCUACUAUGUUUGGGACAAGGCCGUAUCCGGAUAUUCCUGAGUCAGACAAGAGGAUACUUGAGUCUCCCAGGGAGGAUGUGAAAGAAACUAGUGUUGUGUCGUCAUUCAGAGAGAAAGUUUCCAGUUUAUUUUUUUCAAGAAAUAAAAAAACUGGUAAGAAUAAGUCGGCUGUAUCAGGAACCAAAGAUGAGGCUCGCUUGUUUAAUGGAGAAAUUUGCAGUGAUAAAACUCGAAGUCUGAGUGAGAAAGGGUCGGAUAGUGAUUCACUUCAGCCUAAUCCAACUGGCAAGCAUGGCACUAUAUCCCCUGCGGCUGGACUGGCCAUGGCAGAACCUAUUACAUCUGCAAACAUAUGUGAAAAACACGAUCAGCCAAGUCCUAUUUCUGUGUUAGAUCCACCUCUUGAGGAGAAUGAACAAACAGCAAAGCCUCGUGACCAGAAAGGAGUCAACAAGCUACUUAAUUGUACUGGACCAAGCUUGAUCGACAAAUCACCGCCCAUAGGAUCCAUUGCCCGCACCCUAUCAUGGGACAAUUCGUGUGUGAACACGACGGCCUUAUUGCACCCUGAACCCGAACGAUUUACUGCCGCCCGAAAAACAGAUGAAGAACGAGAUUGUUUUUCCCUCGUCAAGACUUUAUUAUCCACCGCCGGCCACAAAGGCAGGGUGCAGUCCAGCUCAUUUCUUGCCAGGUGGCACUCGCCCGAGAGCCCUUUGGACCCGUCUUUAAAAGACAACUAUAUUGAUGAUUCAAAUGACACGUUGCACGGGGCCAAGCAACGGCAUUAUGUAUCUAUUCAUCAGGAACUCGUGUUUGACUGUGUAAAUGAAGCUUUAAUGGACAUUGCAGGUUGUGAAUUGGGUUCGCGCCAAAAAUCAAUAAACGCAGAUGAUAGAUCCAUUAGGGAUGCGGUGUGGGCCCGGAUGAAAGUGUGGUUCCAAGGCGAGGAGAAUGACUGUGGAGCCCACUACAGCCUGGCUGUGGAGAGGGUCGUGGAGAGGGAGGUGUCGGGGGAGGGGUGGAAUCGUAAUUUCAGUUCGGAAAUGGAUAAUUUAGAGAAAGAAAUCGGAGGGGUGCUGCUGGAGGAGCUAGUGGAAGAGACGGUGGUCGAGUUCACUGGUAGAGGAUCUAACUCUUUUUGUACCCGUAUUCUAAUUUAG